AUGCACCUGAGAGGAAACGGGCUUUUGGAAACCAUCGAUAGUUCGAAAACGGUGUCGGAUGAGAAAAAGGCUAAAGCCAUGAUAUUUUUACGACACCACAUCCAUGAUGGUUUAAAGGAUGAAUAUAUUACGAAAGACGAUCCUUGUGACCUCUUGAAAUCUUUAAAAGAGAGGUUCGAUCACCAGAAAUAUGUGAUCUUCCCGAAAGCUAAACACGAGUGGAUCCAUCUCCGGUUCCACGAUUACAAAAUUGUUAGUGAGUUUAAUUCCGCGAUGUUCGGAAUUACUUCGAGGAUGAUGUUAUGUGGAGAGAAAAUAAGUGAUUAUGAUAUGAUCGAGAAAACUCUCUCCACGUUCCAUCUUGAAAAUGUAAUCAUGCAGCAACAUUAUGAUAAUAGAAAAGGACAAGGUCGUGGACGUGGUGGAAACCGUUAUCAUGGUCGUGGAAGAGGACGAGGAAGAAGAUUACGUCCCUAUGAUGAAAGAGAUAACAAGAACUUCCACGAAAAUGAAAGGAAUGAAAAGGACCGGGAUGAUAAAAAGCAAACGGGAAAGGUUUGCUACAGAUGCGGCAUGAAAGGUCAUUGGGUACGUAGUUUCCGUACACCAAAACAUUUAGCCGAUCUGUAUAGAGAAUCCCAAAAGGGAAAAGAAAAAGGAAGAGGUGAAACAAACUUCAUCUCUGAUGAACCCGGGCCAUUCUUUCAUGGUUUAAACGAUGAUACUCAUCUCGACAUAUCAGAUUUUCUGGUUGAGCCAGAGAGUAUCGAUGAGUGA